CCCGCCUGCCCCGGUUUCACCAACUCACGACCCCUGCUGUCAGCUGCCCGAGCGUCAGCAGGCGCAUCUUGCGCACUCCACAAAGACCGAGGCCAUGACGGGUGCUGGCGCUGCUGGUUCAGUUGAUGGCCAGAUGGCUCGCGUGGAGGACUUCAGCUCUCCGUCGCAACGGGAAAGUGCUUCGCCACAGAAGCAACAAUGGCUCGGUGGCAUUCUGCCUAGCCCAGGCGCCGACGAAGAAUGGUUCCGUGAAGUGCUGACCUCCAACGGCCAGUUGGCGAACGUGGCCACCAAGAACGACAUCGACGACAUGAAGACAUCCAUCCAUGCUGCUGAAGUCAAGAUCGAGGGUUUCAGCUCCAGGCUAUCGGGUUUGGAGGCCAAGUCCGCUGCCAGUUCUGCCGCCGCUCGAGAACUUUGCGUCGAAGAGGUAUCCCGGAUCGCCAAUAUUGAGACCGUCAAGGCGCAGCUCAAAACAAAUUCUGAAGCAACCCGUUCAACACCACCAUCGGGAGCAAGCUCUGUAGCAGGCUAUGACGUUGGAGGCGAUGUUGGCGGCAACAACAACAGUUGCAAUAUCUGGAUUGCGGGUUUUCCGCGUCCUGUGUUGGCGAGCGCGAUGACACGACACGCCAUUCAACGCUAUGCUCCUCAUAGUGUCGCCGCGAUCCCGAAGUGCCACAUCUUCUUUCAGUCGGCAUACAGCAUCGUUUUCGACAGCAUUGAGAACGCCAAGGACUUCCUGACGCGUGACCGCACCCUCGACGUCACAUGGGAUGGCCCUUCACAGAUCCAGUCCGUCACGCUGAAGGUUCGCACGGAUGCUCCGCCAGAGAUUCGGAAAGUCAACCGUGUUCUGGGCGCUCUGGGCGAAGGUGCAGGAGGUUGCCCCCAGUGCGUUUCUGUAGGAAACACAGAUGCCAUGUCAGUCGAUCCAGAGCGUCGACAUGCACGGGCAUGCUAAUAGUUAAGCACAG